AUGUCUCUCCACGAGAAACAAAGCAUCGACCACAUCGAACAAGAUGUCACCUCUCAAAAAGAAUGGAGCCACGUCCAAGGCGAACAAGGCGCCUCCAUCGACCGCAACAUGUCCCUCUGGCAAGCUAUAAAGGCUUACCCGGGCGCCAUAGCAUGGUCAUUCCUCCUAUCAUCGUCCAUCAUUAUGGAAGGCUAUGACAUUGUCCUCAUCGGCAAUCUCAUGGCCCAACCGGCUUUUCAGAAAGCGUAUGGUGAUUGGUACGGCGAUAAACUCGGCUAUCAGAUUUCCGGACCGUGGCAGGCUGGCCUUGGGAAUGGAACUGCAGUCGGGACUAUCAUUGGGGCUUUUGCUAAUGGGUGGCUUACGGAGCGGUUCGGAUAUCGUCGUACCCUUGUGGCGUCUCUUGUUGCUGUUACGGGAUUUAUUUUCAUUACUUUCUUUGCGCAUGAUCUUCCUAUGCUUCUUGCUGGAUCUAUCCUCUGCGGUUUACCUUGGGGUGUUUUCGCAACGAUGGCUCCUGCUUACGCUUCAGAGAUUUGUCCUAUGGCUCUUCGGGGCUAUCUCGCCAAUUACGUUUGUCUCUGCUGGGCUCUCGGCCAACUCCUCGCCGCCGGCGUCUUAUUCAGCUUUUCCGAGAACUCAACACAAUGGGCAUACCGUCUGCCCUUCGCUAUACAGUGGAUUUGGCCUAUUCCUCUCAUUAUCGUUCUCUGGUUCACGCCUGAAUCGCCGUAUUGGCUCGCCAAGAAGAAUCGCCUCGAUGAAGCGAAGGGCGUUCUGAGGCGUAUCUCGGCAAAGAGCAGCAAGACUGAUGAGGAUUUGGACAAGCAGCUUGCCAUGAUUGUUCACACCAACAAGAUCGAGAGUGAACAUACCAAGGGCUCUAGCUACCUCGAUUGCUUCAAGGGCAUCAAUCUUCGGCGCACUGAGAUUGUUUGCCUUGUAUUCGUCGCGCAGAAUACAACUGGCGUUGGCAUCGGUGGUACACCUACCUACUUCUUCGUCCAAGCAGGCGUCGACCCAAGCAACUCCUUCAAGUUCGCAACGGGGGCACUCGGCCUUGCUUCCGUGGGCGUCAUCAUCUCCUGGUUUCUCAUCUACCGCAUCGGCAGACGAGCCUUAUAUGUCUGGGCCUGUGGCAUCUGCACAGUCCUUAUGCUUAUCAUCGGUAUUCUCGCCAGCGUUCCCCAGACUCAAGCUGUCAGUUUUGGCCAGGCUAGCGUUGUUCUAAUUUGGGAGAUUGUGUUCUACGCUACCAUCGGACCUGUUUGCUAUGCCAUCAUUGGUGAGAUACCAGCUGUCAGUGUUCGCAGUAAGAGUAUCUGUCUUGCUCGCAUUGCCUACUACAUCUCGCAGAUUCUCAACGGCACUUAUGGUCCUUACAUGAUCAAUCCUACUGAGGGCAACUGGAAGGGCAAAGUCGGCUACUUCUGGGCUGGACUUUCUCUGUUGACCUUCACUUGGGCCUACUUCCGCCUUCCCGAAACAAAGGGGCGGACGUUCGAGGAGAUUGACAUUCUUUUCGCCAACAAGACUGCAGCUAGGAAGUUUGCUGAUACCAAGGUUGAUGCGUACGCUGAUGACUCUGAGGGGCGUAUCAUCAAGGAAACUGAGGUUUGAUACCGGUACCAACAAUGCAGGACAUUGUGUGUU